AUGUCAUCCAGCAACCCACCACAAAGUGUCGUCAAUGUGACCUUCGGGCCCUUAGUGACUGGGGUCUGGAUGCAGCAACUGCUCAUGGGUUUUAUACUCGCUCAAAUGGCAGAUUAUUACCGAGAUCAUUUUAAUCACGACACAUUAUUCAACAAGACGAUAGUCAGCCUUCUGCUAUUUUUUAAUCUUUUCAUAGGCGGAUUGGACUUUCAUGUUCUCUACCGAACAUCCGUUUUGGGCUACGGAGAUUACGAGGCCUUCGACUUGCAGCAAUGGACGAUGUGGACGGAACCUGGCUUCACCGCUAUAGUCGGAUUCGUAGCUCAAGUAUUUUUCCUUGUUCGGUGUUGGAGGAUAACCAAAUCAACAAUCACCGUUGUUUUUCUGACAAUCCUUGUCCUUUUCUCGUUCGGCUCUGGGCUAGCCGUAUCCGGCUCUUUCAUUGAAAAGAAGAGAUUCAGUCUUCUAGGACAGUUCUCCUUGCCCAUAACCUUGUGGCUAAUAUCUACGAGCGUCGCUGAUAUUGGAAUCGCCAGUGUUCUGGUCUUCUAUCUCCUCCAAUCCAGAACGUCGUUUAAGAAGACGGACGCAGUUAUUUACCGCCUCGUUCAAAUGUCCAUGGAGACCAGCGCCUUCACCGCCAUUGUAGCGCUGUUAAAUUUGAUUCUGUUCCUACCGCUGCAAGACACCGCAUAUCACCUUUUACCUCAGUUCUCAAUGUCGCGUGUAUAUACACUCACCGUCAUGGUCACGCUUCUAUCUAGAACGUCGCUUCGGGCGGUUUUAGACAGUACCGGACACGCUUCCUUUGCUACAGCCCUACGCGAUGCAACACAUGAUCCGAUGCAUGGGAGAAUAAAGGUCGGGGUUAGCACAACCGUUAUGAAUGAUGCAGGUCUGGAGAGUGAACCCUCGAAGAAUGCUCAUGAUAUUGAGCUCUCCUCCGUUGAACGUAGUGACCGAUCUCAACGGUGGGAAUCAAAAGGAAGUCGGGGCUUGUAG